AUGGAUAAUUAUUUCACAAUCAUCAGUUUACUAGGAUUGAGAAACUAAAAUCUUCCUCCCUUCAGAGAAGCUCGUUUGAAGAGGUACAGAUCAAUCAAGAAGAUGGUUGAGUUGAUAGAAACUGCUGGUUGGACUUAGCCAAAAGUGCCAUUCAAUGCUUUUUGCUUGAGUUCUUAAGAUCCUGAAUGGGAAGAUGACAUGACCUAUCCAGUGAUUGAAUAUAAUAAGUUUGGCUAUUAGGCUAUGGCCUUCGGAUUGAAUUUAUUCCUUUAUGCCUACAAUUACAAUGUUAUUACACAAAACAUAAGAUUUAGAACAUUUAGAUACUUGUUUCCAGUGGUCUAAUGUUUCAUUUUUGGAAGAAUAUACUUUGAAUAUAAAUCUGAAUUGACAAAGGUGAAUUUGUUUGAUGAGUAUGUUCAAUUGAGAGCUUAGGAAUUAGUAAAGGAGAAUGAAUUCUUAUUGGAACACGAAGACAUCAAGAAAUUCGUCUGGUGGUAUGAAGAUUACAAAGAGACCUUGUGCAGAGUUCAUAGACAAGCUAAUGAUCAUGCUGCGACAGAUUUUAAAGAUUCUGAAUUGAUUUUGUAAGAUUUCAUUAGAAGAUAUACAAAUCCAAAUUCAGCUAGACCACUUAAUAUCUAAGAGAAGGGUGUUUUAUUCUGAAAAUAUUAUUCAUUAAUACAAAUACAUAAUGUAUAGUAUGUUUUAUUA